CCUAGGAGGCGGGGCCUUGGGGGACGUCGGGAAAGCCUUGGACCGUCGGAGCGCCCUUCCUUUCGGAUCCGCCAUCUGUGGUGGAACCGCCGCCAAGAUGCAGAUAUUCGUGAAGACGCUGACGGGCAAGACCAUCACUCUCGAGGUCGAACCCUCGGAUACAAUAGAAAAUGUAAAGGCUAAGAUCCAGGAUAAGGAAGGGAUUCCUCCUGACCAGCAAAGACUGAUCUUUGCUGGCAAGCAACUGGAAGAUGGACGUACUUUGUCUGACUACAACAUUCAAAAGGAGUCCACUCUUCAUCUUGUAUUGAGACUUCGUGGUGGUGCUAAGAAAAGGAAGAAGAAGUCUUACACCACUCCCAAGAAGAACAAGCAUAAGAGAAAGAAGGUUAAGCUGGCUGUCCUAAAAUACUAUAAGGUGGAUGAGAACGGCAAAAUCAGUCGUCUUCGUCGGGAGUGCCCUUCAGAUGAAUGUGGUGCUGGAGUUUUUAUGGCCAGCCACUUUGACAGACAUUAUUGUGGCAAAUGUUGCCUGACCUAUUGUUUCAACAAACCAGAAGACAAGUAAUUGUAUAUUGGUUAAUAAAAGACAUGAACUAACAUUUAA